AUGUGUCUCGAAUCCUCUCUUAUUCCAGUGUACGACGAUGCAAAGUCGGGGACUUCAUCAGGCUCAAUAAACUAUUUCUUACAUCCCAAGAAACGCAUGAGACCUCUUCACGACGACGAACCUGACACUCCCCUAGUUCCGAAGAAGUUUGCGAUUUCAGGCAAUGCAAAAUACAAAGGAGUGGUUCAGCAACAGAACGGUCAUUGGGGUGCUCAGAUAUACACAGACCACAAAAGGAUUUGGAUCGGCACUUUCAAAUCGGCUAUGGAAGCCGCUAGGGCUUACGAUAGCGCAUCCAUCAAGCUCAAAAGCUUCCAAGACGCUAACUCGCACAGGAACUUCCCUUCGUCUGAGUUCACGGUCCACGAAACUGACUUUCAAGCUGGAUACACAACAGAAGCUGUGUUGAACAUGAUCAGAGACGGUUCUUACCAACAAAAGUUCGUAGAUUUUUUCAGAAUCCGUUCUCAGAUCAACAUCGUGGGAUCAAAACAGAGCGGAGGAGAUGAAGAGUCGAACAAUGUCUCGUACACGCAUCUGUUUCGGAAGAAAUUGACAAUGAGCGAUGUAGGGAAACUCAACAGGCUUGUGAUACCUAAGAGGUAUGCAGUGAAGUAUUUACCUUUGGUAAGCGAUGAUCAAAACGAGAGAGAAGAAGGUGAAAUAGUAGAAGAUGUUGAGGUUUUGUGUUAUGAUAGAGAAAUGAGAGAGUGGAGGUUUAGGUAUUGUUAUUGGAAAAGCAGCCUGAGCUUUGUCUUCACCACAGGAUGGAAAAGUUUCGUGAAGGAGAAGAAACUCAAGGAAGAAGAUGUUAUUGACUUUUACACUUGCCAUGUCAAGACAUUAGAAUUAGGUCAAAGCAAGAGGUUCUUGAUGAUUGAUGUUCAUCGCUUUUCAGACGAUGAUUCUGUGGUUACGGAUGAGGAAGUAGACGGGAUCGUUCAAACCAGUUCAGAGGAAGAAGUGAAAACAGAAAGCUUCUUUAGCGAUGAAGAAACCAAAUCAGAGGAGAAGAAAGGAGGGUUUAUGCUGUUUGGUGUUAGAAUCCAAUAG